AUGACUCCUCGUCGCUCUUCUCGUGCCCGCACCUCCCAACCCUCGCCCGCCAUCCUUCAGCAUACAAAUUCCUCCAGCUCGUCGAAUUCCUUGACUCGCGAAAGAAGCACUCGGUCGAACCAUAAAAUUUCGUCGCCUCAGAGAUCUUUGACCCAACGGUCUCAGUCCAUUGAUGAUGCAGACAGUGCCGCAAGAAACGACUACCCACAAACGCGGCAGCGCCAGCGUUCCCGGGGAGAUGAUGACAAUCUGAGAUUGAACGGGGAGGAAGAUGAGGAUGAAGACGGAGAGGGUGACGAAGAAGAAGAGAUUACCCGAUGUCUUUGUGGGCAGCAAGACUACCCAGGCCUGCCUCCCUCUCGGCGGGAGGCUCUCGGUCGCAAUGGGGUGGCUGUUGGGUUCAAGGAUCAACAUGCGUUGAAUCUUUCCGCAGAUUCAUCGGACCUGAUGUCCGACGACAUCGGUAGCAUGUUCAUCCAGUGUGAUUCCUGCAAAGUUUGGCAACACGGUGGCUGUGUGGGAAUUAUGGAUGAAGCGAUGAGUCCCGACGAGUACUUCUGUGAGGAGUGUCGGAAAGAUCUUCACAAAAUCAAGAAUGAGCCCAACGGACAAUAUUCAUCGCAGUACCUCCCAGUCGCCCCCGUCCAAUCUUCCCCUGCAACCUCCCGUGACUCGUCCCGUGAUAAUUCGCGACGGGCAAAAGACUCCAAAUCACGACAGAGCGAGUCGAUUGCCAAUCCGAAACGCAGAUCAACCAUGAAUAGUCGUGAUGCGGCUUAUGACGAAGAGGAGCAGCUCCGGCGAGCGAUCGAAGAGAGCAAGGAAGAUACUCAGCCCCCUGCAGAGGACAUUACUCUCCGACGAGGCAAGCGGAGUCGAAGUGACAGCGAAGCUCACAAGCAGGUGACGAAGCGCCAGCGUACAAGUUCCCCUUCACCAAGCGCUAUCUCAAAACCAGAGAACACAGAAUCUCAAUCUGCAUCAGAAGAUGAGUCGAAGACGAAAGUUAAUGGCAACGGCACAAAAAACUCUAGGGUGGCACCGCGGGGUCAUCGUGAAAAGCCCAUCAAAGAAACAGAAGAACCCGAAACAGACCCCGCGGAGAUUGCGAGCCGUAAGAAGGGAAAGGUGGAGCGGCGAAAUGGUGAAGGUAAAACCCCUGUAGUUAUCUUGGGAUUCCUCGACCUAACACAUUUUCAACGGGCAGAUGCCGACCGUGAGAUGGCAUCGCCGACCAAAGCCACUGCGGAGGACCCUGAGCCUCCUCAAACUAGCCCGGAGACCGCUGCACCUGCUCCGGAACCUGCUCCCUCCCGUCCGUCAACCCGCAAGUCUGGACGCCCACCUGCGCGUCGUGGUGGCAGGGUCGGACGUAACCAAUAUACGAGAGAUCGAGAUAUGAAUGGGGCUGACUCUCCACGCCGGGGGCAAUCACACGAUAUCGGUGGGGACUCGCCGAGAGUGGGGGCAGUCAACGGAGCGCACUACAAUGUAGAUUCUGGAAAACCGAGCAGGCCGCGCUACAUGAACCCUCAACGGACUACCAUGAACGAGAUGAAGAGACGAGUUGCUGGAAUCCUUGAAUUCAUCUCGCGGAUGCAGGUCGAGAUGGCUGUUGCCGGCGAAACUUCCACCCCUCCCGGCAAUGGAGACCAACCAAAUGGCUCUCUCACAAAGGCCACGAUGGAUCAAAUCGAGACUGCAUUACUUUCGAAUACCAACGAAGUGGAGUCAGGGACAUCAAGCGUUGAUAGCGAAACAGGGUCUGGUCAGGCUUCCAAGGAGAAAGAGUUCAAAGAUCUGAGCAGUGUUGAAAUGAUGGAUGUCCUCACGCGUCAUCUCCUGAAGUGGCAACAGGAAUAUGGCAAAUUCGGGGAAAGGUGA